CUUAUUUCUGGUGAUCCGGUUUCGCUUCGUGCGAUCGUCUCUUCUUCGCUCCCUUGCCAUGGUGAAUGUCAGCUUCUACCGCAACUAUGGGAAGACCUUCAAGAAGCCACGUCGUCCCUAUGAGAAGGAGCGUCUUGACGCGGAGUUGAAGCUCGUCGGAGAAUACGGGCUCCGUUGCAAGAGAGAGCUGUGGAGGGUUCAGUAUGCCCUUAGCCGGAUCCGUAAUGCUGCUAGGGAUCUCCUCACUCUCGAUGAGAAAAACCCUCGUAGGAUCUUUGAGGGUGAAGCCCUUCUCCGCAGAAUGAACAAGUACGGGCUUCUCGACGAAAGCCAGAACAAGCUCGAUUACGUAUUGGCUUUGACUGUCGAGAACUUCCUGGAACGUCGUCUCCAGACCCUUGUCUUCAAGUCUGGUAUGGCCAAGUCGAUCCAUCACGCACGUGUCCUCAUCAGGCAAAGGCACAUCAGGGUGGGGAGGCAACUAGUGAACAUUCCAUCGUUCAUGGUGAAAGUCGAUUCACAGAAGCAUAUAGACUUCUCCCUCACCAGUCCAUUUGGCGGUGGCCGACCCGGAAGAGUGAAGAGAAGGAACGAGAAGGCCGGCGCCAAGAAGGCUGGGGGAGGCGACGGUGACGAGGAAGACGAAGAGUGAAACAGAUCUUAGUAAAGCUUAAAAAGAAUGGAUCUAGACGUCGUGUCAUGACUUGAUGUGCUUUUUGUUUCUCAGUAACUUCCCCCUCGUAUUCCCCUACUCGUGGUUCCUUCCUUUUCGGACCAAUUACAGAACCGAAUUAGCUGCGUUGUUCCUCUGUUGUCGGUUUCACGUUUA